CUUUCCUUGUAAAAGACAGUGGCAACGUUGUAAUGUGUCCCCAAUCACAAGGGUCAUUUUCAAGAACUUGAUCCCAACAGUGGCUUAUUUAUUUCAUCCCCUUCAUUGUGUAAUCCCAAUCUCUCUUUCUCCCCCCCUCUCUCUCUCUUUCUUUCUCUUUGAUCACUACUACUAGUUCUGCAAUGGCUCCCAUGAGUCUUCCUCCUGGAUUCAGAUUCCACCCCACUGAUGAGGAGCUUGUUGCUUACUACCUAGAUCGAAAAAUCAAUGGUGGCACCAUUGAGCUUGAAAUAAUCCCAGAGGUUGAUCUCUACAAGUGUGAACCCUGGGAUUUGCCAGAUAAAUCAUUUUUACCAAGCAAAGAUAUGGAGUGGUACUUCUACAGUCCCAGGGAUCGAAAGUACCCUAAUGGGUCGAGAACUAACCGGGCGACCCGAGCUGGGUACUGGAAAGCCACUGGGAAAGACCGGGCAGUGCACUCUCAGAAGCGGCCGGUUGGCAUGAAGAAGACUCUGGUAUACUAUAGAGGUCGAGCUCCCCAUGGCCUUAGGACUAACUGGGUGAUGCACGAGUACCGCCUCAUUGAUUCAAUGUGUGGGUCCACCUCUUCUCUCAAGGAUUCGUAUGCAUUAUGCCGCAUUUUCAAGAAGACAAUACAUGUGAGCAAAAACAAGGAAGAAGAGAAAGCAAAUGUGGGGAAGGAAUCGGCUUGGGGCUUAGAGGAACAUUUAUUAGUGGAUGACACAAGUGGAAUUGAAAGUUCCCAGGGAAGAGAAGCUGGAGAUGAGAAUUUUGAGCAAGAUUGCCCCAAAUUUCCAUCUGACACUUCUUCGUCGGAUAUCACUCAAGGAACACCCUUUGAAACUGGUGUAACAGAUGAUUUACAAGCUCAAUUUCCCUCAGAUGAAGCUAACAGUUCAGCUAAUUUGUACUCUCUCAAUGUGCAGUACUACUCUUCAGAUCUAAUUCAGGAUAUGGAAAUGCCAGACUGCACAAUCCUGCCGCGUUAUCAGCUUCCUUACCCGCCCUUAGCACUAGAAGACUUCCCACAGAUAAAUAUAACAGAGGCAAAGACAUCGAAGUCUGAAAGUAUUGAUGACUACAUGAUGUAUGACAAAUACAGGGAUUACACGAGAGGAUCAACAAGCUUGUUGGAAGAGAUCUUCUUCUGAUCAGGAGAACUUCAUCCCCUACCCAAUUAUACAUUAUCCUAACAAAAGAUCCACCACUUCACCAAGUGAAGACCAUACUCAAUUACAUAUUCUCUCACAAAUGAUGUAACACUACAAUUCAUUGGCAUAAAGAUAGAAAAUUGUGUUUUCUUGUUAAAUAACAAAAAAUGGGGAAUUGUUUUUUGUCAGAAAAUUACCAAUAGGAGUCGAGCUUUUAAAUGAUUUUAAAGGAUCGUUACACUGAUGUACUGCAUAAAAGAAUGACAGUUGGAGCAUACAAUCAUUUUUCCUUUAUUUAUUUUUUUUGUUUGUAUCGUUCAAUGGGUUGGUUUUUUUUUUUUUUCAUUAUACUGUAACUUCUGGGGCAAAUUUUGGAAGGGGAAUGGAAAAGCCAUUAAUUUUUUA